AUGUGUAAUCACAUUUCGAAUAACCUUGACUUUAUCCGCACUAAGCAUCCUGAUACCGGAAUUUUCAUACUAGGAGACUUCAAUAGAAUGAAAGAUGCUCAACUGAAGCAAUUCCCAAAUUUCUAUGAAACACCAUACACUGAACCUGGACUGGGUCUGUCCGACCACUUAGUAGUUCUUUGCAGGCCUAACCUAGUGAGUAAAAGGGUACCACCAACUAAGUCGUACCAGUAUAAGAGGAAAGUCAACAAUCAAGCAAAGGAACUGUUUGAGCAAGAUCUUACGAAUAUUCGUUGGCAUGAGUUAUACGCGCAAGCAACCUCUGCUGAGCAGUACGAAUUCUUUGCUUCUCGGAUCAGAACUCUUGUUGAAAAACACUUUCCGCUUAUCCAAGUUGUUCGCACUAAUGUUGACAAGCCAUGGGUUACAAGUUACUACAAAUCCUUGAUCUUCAGACGUCAAGCUGAACUCAAGAAAGGCAACAUGAUUGAAUUCAGGAAACUCAGAAAUAAAGUAAACAAAGCCUCUAAAAAACUUAGACGCAGAUACUAUGAAAAGGAAGUUUCGCAGCUCUACAAGGUUGAUGUGAAAUCAUGGUGGAGUAAGACCAAUAGAUUAUUAAACAGCCCUCUAAACUACUUGACAAACAGUCUAUGUAAUGGUAACCAACAAGAAUUAGCAGAAAAAGUGGCUAAAUUUUUCAAUUCAGUCACUGAUGAUUUUGAACCCCUUCAAAAUCCUACUGUUGCCCCUCUUAAUACACCUGUCUUAGACAAUUUCAUCAUAACGCAUGAUCAGAUAUAUGUCAAAUUAAAAGCUCUAAGUGUAAACAAAUCCCCAGGACCUGAAAGUAUACCCACAUGGGUCUUGAAGGACUUUGCCAACAUUUUAGCAAAGCCUCUUUGUGCAGUUGCUAACUCCAGUUUACGUGAAUCGUGUGUCCCUCACGAAUGGAAAGCUGCAACUAUUGUCCCUAUCCAAAAAGACAAGAUUGAUUUAAAUCAGUUCGGCUGUAUGAAAGGUGUAUCAACAGUUGAUGCCCUUAUCUCAAUAAUGUUCAAAUGGUUUGAAGCUGCAGACCAAGGUAAUGAGACCCGAGUCCUGCUUUUAGACUACAAAAAAGCAUUCGACCUUAUUGACCAUACGAUUGUAAUUGAAAAACAAAUUAAAUGUUAG